GCCACCUUGUACCAAAUCACUAUUAGAUCCAUCGGUGCCGCUGGGAGAAGCCAGGCAUCACCUCCAAAGCAGGCAAAGACAGUGUUGGCUGCCCCAAUUCUAGAAGUGCGUUCUCCGAGUCCAGACUCUAUUCUUGUGCAGUGGGAAGCUGUAUAUACGGCCGUCGGAUUCUCUGUGUCCAUCAUGCGAGCCAAUGGUUUGGGUAGAAUAUGGAAAGAAAAUACCACCAACACCACCUUGACAUUCACCAGUUUGGAUGCCGGGACUCUCUAUACCAUAAAGGCCUAUGCGUGGAAUGCCAACGGAACCCCUGGGGAUGACUCCACCUGCAAUCAGAGAACAAGUCCUCGUGCUCCUGCCAAUAUUCAAGUGUCUUUUGAUAGCGGGGCUCUGAAGGCAUCUGUUUCCUGGGCACCGACAGAAGGAGCUUUCAACUACACUGUGAUGGCUUCAAGUGACUCUUCCAAGCUGAGCUGUAGCACGACAUUCAGUUCCUGCACCAUCUCCUCUCUCCAGUGCGGAACUGAGUACUUGAUUUCAGUGUCAGCAAGUAAUGAUGCCGGAACUAGCAGAUCAACUCCUGCAGUGACCCUGAGAACUGUUGCUUGUGCACCUGGAAGAGUGAUAAUCCAAGAAGAUCCCCCUGGCCACCUGUCUGUGUCUUGGUCCAAUGUAGAUUUGAGUGAUUACUAUGUCGCCUUUGUGAAGAGUGACGAUGGCUUGGAAGUACACUGCAACACAUCCCUCACUCAGUGUAACUUCUUCUCUGAGUGUGGCUUCACCUACUUCAUUAGUGUUUUUGCCUAUAACAAGGCAGGGCAGAGUCCUCUGGGCAAUGUGUUCAAUUAUACCACAGCUCCCUGUUGUCCUAGUGACAUUAACCCUGUGUUGGUGUCCAGUGACAGAGUAGAGAUCGUCUGGUCUCCUGUCCGUGGUGCUGAGCUUUAUGAAACCAAGGCUGUAGAUGGAGUCAACAUGGUUGAGUGCAACGACACUGCUCCUGCUUGUACCCUUUCAGCCCUAGAGUGUGACACCACGUACAACAUCACAGUGUAUUCCUUCAGUGAAGUCCGGGGCAGCAAUACGUCAUGUACGUCCCAGUUCAUAACCACAGCUCCUUGCAGUCCUGAAAUAAAAAAUAUUUCAAAGGAUGCCUUCUCCACGAUUAACGUGCACUGGCGAUCCAGUAACGAUGAUGCUACUUACACGGUGACUGCCCGGGGAAAGACAGGACUGUACCAGUGCAGCAGCACAGGGGAGUCCUGUACCUUGGGGGGCUUGCCCUGUGGCUCCGCGUUCUCCAUCACCGCGGUGGCCGAAACGCAGGCGGGCCAGAGCCUGCCCAGCUACAGUGUGCCCCUGGAAACAGUGCCGUGCUGUCCAGGCAGUCUGACAGUAACUCAGGUCACCCAAUCAGUAGUCAACGUGAGCUGGACUGUUGGGACCGGGGCCCAAACCUAUAUGACAGCUCUGGAGUCACGCACGGGACAGUCUAAGUGUCACACCCAUCAAAACCACUGCCUGCUGGGAUGCAUCACAUGUGGCGUCAAUUACACAGCGGUGUUAAAAGCAAUUAGUGCCACUGGGCUGACUGCGGACUGCGCCUACCCAAGUUAUUUCUCUAGUGCUUGCUGCCCUUUGGGAGUGAAAUUAUAUAGGCUGGGCCCUAAUGGCAUUCGAAUCUACUGGCAAGCCACCAGGGGCUCUGCCAAUUACAGCACCGACCUCUAUGGUUCCAAAGGCAUUUUCACAUGUGCCCCAAGCGCUGGCUUCAGUUUCUGUGAUGUCACCGAGAUACCUUGCGGGGACGUAUAUACUGUGAUGGUCUCACCAGUUGCUGAGACAGGGCUGAAGCUGACUUUCUGUCCCAAAAAAAUAUAUUCAGUAACCUGCUCUGGAAGUACACUUGGAAUGGGUAAGUUAUUUUUCUCAUGGAUAAAAUAGAAGGGAAUUUUGUAGUUGCAUUUUAGGGUGACAAUGAAGUCAGGAUCAAAGCCAAC